AUGGAACCUAAUUUCUUUAACAACUCGGGGCUCAUGCUCCUCUGCAAGGACGGCAGCGCCGUUCGCGCUAUCGAUGUUUUGAAGGACUCUGAGUACGUGCUUAUGUACUUCUCCGCGCACUGGUGCCCGCCAU